AAAAGCGUUUUUGGAGUGAGCUCGUUCUUUUGUUGUAAUUAAGACCACCGGAUGCCACCGAGGACGGAACGGCGGGAUGCGGUCCCUUGCCUUGGUGGCCCUGCUCAUUGUGGAACUGCUUCCCUUACUCCUCGUCGCGCAAUCAACCGCGGGGAGGACCUCCUCCUGUGAUAAGACCAGACGCGUGCUCACACACCCGCACGGUGAAAUCAGUGAUGGUCCGGCCGCCAACUACACGCAGGAUUCACACUGCGAGUGGUUGAUCAGGGCCCAGAAUGACAGCCAGUUCGUGACACUGCAGUUCCGGACGAUGGGCACCGAGUGUUCGUACGAUUACAUCUUCAUCUACGAUGGUGACUCGUUCCGGGCCCCCCUGCUCGGCAGUUUCAGCGGCAACACUGAACCUCAGCGUGUGGUCGCCUCCUCGGGUUCGAUGCUGAUCUUGCUGUACAGCGACACGAACUAUGUACUAGAGGGCUUCCGGGCGGAGUACUCCAUAACAAACUGCCGGAACAACUGCAGUGGCCAUGGCCAGUGUGUCGCACACACAUGUCGCUGUGAGGCCGGAUGGAUAGGGAAUGAUUGUGGCAUCGAAGCGUGUCCGAAUCGGUGCGGAGAAGAAGCGAAACCUGGCACCAGCAGUGCCCAAGGAACGUGCAUCGGAGAUCGGUGUCGCUGUGCAACGGGUUACGCGGGCCAAGCCUGUAGCCUGGAGCUGGACAAUCCUGUCGCGAAGCAGUGGCACUGGUUGUCCAGCACACGCAAUGGUCUACCGCCCAGGGCAGCCCAUUCGGCCGUCUACUACGAACGCUCCGAUGCGCUGUACGUGUUUGGUGGUUACAAUUUGAACGAGGUACUCGACAGUUUGUGUGUGUUCCGGUUCGCCAGCAACCAGUGGGAGGAUGAGUGGGGUGUUCGGUUAGAUCUGAGGCACGGUGAUGUGGCCACCGAUGAGACAGAAGCCUUACUCCGAAGCAGAUCGUUGCUCCUGGAGGAGGAAUCGGAACGACUACUUGGAUUGUCACGUGAACCCAACUUCUUUUCGAACGUGCUCUACACAUUGGCCGAUAACCGAAGUGGCCUACUGACGGAAGCGUUCGUGAAUGGAUCGCGCCCGGUUGGACGGUAUGGUCACGCGGCGACAGCUGUGGCCGAUGGUUUCGUCCUGUUCGGUGGCAAACUAGCGAACGGUCUGCUCGCGAAUGAUCUCUGGUUGUACAACGUAUCGCUCGCCGGUGGUACAUGGUCGGAGCGUGCUCUUGACUCAACGAUCCGGCCACCACCGCUCACACGCCACACGAUUACGCUGGCCGGCGAGUUCCUGUACGUGUUUGGCGGGGCGAUGGAAGAUGGCGAAUUCUCCUCGCGAUUGUUCCGUAUCCGCUUACUACCAACGAGUGGCCCCACCGAGGGAGGAACCGGUGAGCAAUGGGAAGAGAUAGUGCCACGCGGUGGCAAAACACUGGACGUGCGGAUGGUGGCCCAUACGACCUCGUACCAGCGUUCGACCAACUCGCUCAUCGUGUACGGUGGCAUGCUGGCAAAUGUGGCUCGCUUUUCGCGUCUAUCGGAGCGUAUGUUUGCAUUCCAACUCGAUCAUCGACACUGGGCGGAACUGCAGUACCCACGGACGGCACUGCACGAUGGGUAUGCGCCGCGUGAGCGUGCCUUCCAUACGACCACCAUCAUCGGUAACUAUCUGCUCGUGUUCGGUGGCUACUCGCACAAGCACAACAAGGAAGAGAUCUGCUACGACAACCAGAUGUAUCUGUACCACCUGGGGUGCCACAGCUGGAUCAACCCGGAGGUACUGGCACCGGCAAACGUGCGCUUCCGUUAUCCGAAGAAGCAGGGUGUGUUCGCACACGGUGCCGCAGUACGCCGCGGUCAUACGUUGCUGAUUGUCGGUGGUUACCAUGGAAAUGUCAAUGGUGACUUGUUGGCGUACACGCUUCCAGGCAUGCUAGUGGUGCCAGUGAAUGAAGGUGAAAUGUUUGCACCGGAAGCGGCCUGUCCACGGCAUACCUCCUUCAACGAGUGUCUGGCCGAUCUGGAGUGUGGUUGGUGUUCGGCCGAUAGUGUGUGCUACGGGCGUACGAUCGGUGCCAACUGUACGACGAAUCUGCAAACGACGCGCUGCAAGGGUAUCUGCUCGGUGCUGGGCGAUUGCCACUCCUGCCUCGUGCAUGGUGGUGCAUCGGCAGAUGGAAAGAAAGAAGAAGAUGGGCGACCCUCCGUAUGGGAACAGCAUCAGCACCGCCAUCAUCAGCAAUCGAUCGCUCACAAGCUGGGGCUCGAUCGGUGUACCUGGUGCGUACAGAAUGCUCGCUGCCAUCACAAGGAUGACAAUUACGGUGUGUGUGGUGAGGACACCCCUUCCCAGAAGCCCGGCUGGUGGGGUACCAAGGGUACCGAGGUGACGAGACCGAGUGAAUGUACCGCGCUUGAUAAGCGGCCCGGAUUAACGUUCCUAAAGUAUCACCAUCCAGUGAACCUCUCGAUGCCGGACUCGGUAAUGAUCGUGAACACAACAAUGGCCGAUUUCAGCUCGCCUCCUUCGAACACACCAACCGAACUGCAGCUGCUCGGUGGUCAGGUUAUGGCGCGUUUGCUCGGGUUCAUCCGUUUCCCCGUGAUCUCACCAUCGGCGACCGUAACGUCAGGGGCAGCAGUAGCAACAGAUCGAUCGAGUGCCGUACUGCAAGCGUGCGUUAGUCAUGCCAAUGCGAUGCUACGGACCGUGCAGGUCCCUCCGAGAGGAUUGGCUGCGAUCCCCGUCAUUCCCAGUGCGGGCAUGCUGACGACAAACUUUUCGUCCAACGAAACCAGCACUUGCCAGUCGAUCAAGUGGACCGAUCACGCCAACAUCCUGGUGGACUUUCGUGCCCAGCGUAACAAGGUUGGCUUGUAUGGUUCUUCCACGCUCGGCCAUGGACACGGUCACGGUCAUCAUCACCAUCCGGAUCUGAGCCAGAUGCAUCUGCAGCACAUCGGUGUGGGGGGUGUGCCACCGCAGGCGUUUACGUUCGAGUUUCUGGAACCGUUUACGAACGGAUCGGCCGCUUGCGCCACGUACGGUAACUGUCUCGAGUGUCUGUCGGAUUCGUCGUGCGGUUGGUGUGAUCUAACCGCCGCCUGUUUGUCACGCGACGCGAACGAAUCGGAACAGUGCCGGAGAGGACCGGAUUGGCGCUAUUUAACCAUUCAACCGGCACACUGUUCGAACUGUUCCAACUUUAUCUCGUGCGAACAGUGCAUUGAGUCACGGCAGUGCGAAUGGUGGACUGAGGAUGCAACGUGCGCACGCCGGGGUCGAUCGGAGGCGGCUGUUCGUACGGUAGAGCAAUGCCCAACGCCUUGCUACCUGCGCUCGGAUUGUUCGUCCUGCCUGAACGAUCGUGGCCGAUGUGUUUGGUGUGAGGCCACGAGCCAGUGUUUCAGCUUCUCCGUCUACACCAGCGAGUACCAGUUUGGGAUGUGCCGGGAGUGGCUCGAUCAAACGCUCGGUCCACCAUUACCGGCGACACUCGACGGUGGCUCAUCGUCCCUGGCAACGGGUAUUGGGCAGCAACAACAAUCGUCACUGCUUACUACGACCACCAGCGGUAACGUCCAGCAGUGCAAAUCCUGUGAAAGUCUCCAGAACUGUACCUACUGUCUGCGAUCGCUGAGCUGCGGUUGGUGCUUCGAGGUGGACAAUCCGAUCAACGGUGUAUGCAUGAGCGGUGAUUUUGGCCGCUCGUCCAGCGACUGUCAGGAGGCACUCGCGGUACGCAAUAACAGCAUUGGCACGGACACUAGCGCGGGUGCAGCCGCAUGGGCCUACGCACAGUGUCCGGAUGUGGACGAGUGUGAGCUGGGGUUGCACGAUUGUCACGAGCAGGCGGAGUGUACCAACACGCACGGUUCGUUCAAUUGCCGAUGUCGGAAGGGUUUCUUCGGUGAUGGUGUCCGUUAUUGUCGUCAGACUUGCUACGAAACCUGCCUGCAUGGACACUGUUCCGGUGCACCGGAUUUCCGGUGUCUGUGUGAUCUCGGUUGGACCGGUGUCGAUUGUAGUGUGAACUGCGAGUGUAACAAUCACUCCACGUGUCUGCUCGGCAUUGGCAAGUGUGACCGGUGUAUGAACUGGACGGAGGGCGCAGCUUGUGAGCGGUGCAGUGCCGGUAGUUUCGGUAAUGCCACGACCGAGGCCGGUUGUCAGCCGUGUGAUUGUAAUGGCCACGGUAAUGUGGCACUCGGAGUGUGCGAUGCGCAGACGGGUGAAUGCUACUGUCAGGAUUACACCGAGGGACUUCGGUGUGAGAUGUGUAAUCGGAACUUUUACGGUGAACCGAAGGAUGGUGGCCAAUGUUAUCACGAGUGUGCAUCGCGGGGUGUGCUGACGCAGGUCGGAACACAGGGACUCGGUUCGUACCAGUCGAGCCGCAGUGCCAACGGACUGGAAACCCGGGAAUGUCUUUGGAUCGUUAGCCCCACGACGAGAGCCGGUGUAGAGCUACGCAACGCGAUCAUACAGAUCGAGAUUGAGGCCGAUCGGAUGAAUGUGACGUGCGGCGAGAAUGCAGUCUACGUGUACGAUGGGUUACCGGAUCUGACCGGUGUAGCGCAGCAGAAACAACUGAUCGCGGUGUUUUGUAGCGAAAAUCGAGGCUCCUGGACUGCGGAAGCCCGCUCCGGACACCUGACCGUACAUUAUAAACAUGGCCGCCGUGGACAGGGCUUCAAUGCGAUCUACUCCGUGAUGAGCUGUACGGCGGAGAGCUGCGAUAGGCCAUACGUGUGCGGCGAGGACGAUCGAUGCGGUUGUCCGAAAGGGUUCACAGGUCCACGGUGUGCGUUACGCAUCUGUCCAUCGGAUUGCAAUGAGGAAAGUCGUCGCGGAGUGUGUGAUCAUGGCUAUGGUCGGUGUAUCUGUGCGGCUGGAUUCGGUGGAGAUGAUUGUUCGCUUGUGAUCAAACCUUCGAGUGUGGUUUUCACAGAACUGUUCAAUUCGCAUCUUCUCUCGGAAAGCUUUGAGCAUCUGAGGAAGACGUUACCCCGUUUCGGACACACGCUGGUGGCGGAUCGACGUGGUUCACUGUGGAUGUUCGGUGGUUACUCGUUGUCCCAUGGACCCCUGAACGAUAUACGGCAGUUUGAUACGAAAAACAACACCUGGAUGCAGGUGACGGUGGAUUCGAGCCCGGAAGAUAGGAUGCCCCAGGGCCGGUACUAUCAUGCGGCCGAAAUCAUUAGCUCGCGGCAAUCGAUAUUCAUCUACGGUGGUCUUUCCCGGAAUGGAACAUUGGAUGAUCUGUGGCAGUUUGGAUUGCAAACGCAACGGUGGAGUUUAGUGUCCCAGAAUGGAACGCGACCACCAGGACUGGCCGGCCAUACGCUCAAUCUUGUGCGGGAUGGUGAGAAGGAGCAGUUGCUGUUAAUCGGUGGCUUCUCGAUCGAGCGUGGGCUACAGAAUCGAGUUUGGUUGUACAAUCUGGCCACCGGUAGCUGGUCACCGUUGACAUUUGCCUCGGGCCGAACGCCGGGUGGUCUGUAUGGCCAUACGGCCGUUUAUCAUGCGACCAAUCAGGUGGUGUACGUGUACGGUGGUAUCCGUACCGUGGACGGUGUAUCGAUCGUUUCAAACCGGUUGUUCGCGUUCAGCGUUCCGGACAAAACGUGGACGGAGCUACCACCGUUCAUCUACCAUGGCGGUGAGUUUGUACCGUCACCAAGGUACCUACACUCGGCGGUUGCUACGGAGAACUACAUGUUGCUGUUCGGGGGACGCUCGAACGCGACUUCCCUCGGCACGGAACAGGAAGUGAUGAUCGCGUACGUUUAUCGCUGUAAUCAGUGGAUCCGGUUAGCGAAAGAUGCGGAACGAGUAGGCAUCGUGUACGGCGUUACGUAUGCGCAGGCCAUGGCGCAGGAUGUGGAAAGUGGUUCGAUCUACGUGGUGGCCGGUUGGGAUGGUAGCAACCAUUGCCGAGUAACGCGCAUCAAUCUACCCGAGGAUAUGUGCGAUCUGUGGAGCAGAUCGAAGUACUUCUGUCGCCAGUAUACCGGGUGUAGCUUCUGCUCGGUUAAGUCGGCCAUGCCCGAGGACAGCCUGUCGCACUGCUAUUCGGUCGAGCGACCGACGGCCGCCUGCGAAGGUUACAAUGGUACGAUCUCGUUCAACAGUGGUACCGCGUGCGAUGGAACAUGGAUUAGUCGGCGUGCUUGUGGUUCGUUCAAGACGUGUGCCUCCUGUUUGGCCAGCUAUCCGUGGCACGGUGAGCGGGAAUCGCCAUGCCAGUGGUGUCCUGAUUGUCAUACGAAGGGAAGCUGCAUACCGCGCGUGUUGCCAUCUCAGGCAACCAAUGAUUGUACGAUGCAGAAGCACUGCUCGACAACAACACCGGCACCGAACUUGACGACGAUCGAAUCGGUUGAACAGUGUCCGGGUGGUCGGUGUGUGGCGGGCGAUUGUGAAGGUUGUCGCGCGAUUCCGGGCUGCAGCUGGGAGCGAGAUGGUCAUCAGUAUCGAUGCCGGCCGGUGGCAACGAUGAAGCCAGGGUUGGAAGAUUCGGAGCCAGGUCCAAGCAACCAUACGGUGUGUCCGGUGCGUUGUAACGUCUAUCGCAACUGUAGCUCAUGCGUGCGUCACGUAGUAACCGUCGGUGGAGGCGCUGGAUUGUAUCGCGAGGAGCAGUGCCUCUGGUCAACGCAGCUAAACGAGUGUAUCUCACCGACCUUUCAACCGCUGUACUGUUCCGGCGGUAUCUGUGGUUUGGUGGUGCAACCAAACGAACCGCAAUCCUGCCCGGAACCGUGCUCAAGUUUUACACAGUGCUCGAGCUGUUUACGCCAUGCCUACUGUGGUUGGUGUUCGCGCAACGAUACGGAAGGGGAAGGCGUUUGUACGGAGGGAUCGGUCGAGGGUCCAGCGAAUCAUGCGGCUGGUUCGACCUGUGCCGCCAUCUACCAGACACGCAGCAAAGCUCCGGCGGAACCAUCGGAUCGGUUUGGAUGGAACUACUACAAGUGUCCACCGGAGAACGAAUGUCAGAACGGUCACCACAACUGUGAUGCCAGAUCCGAACGUUGCGUUGACUUCCAGGCAGGCUACGAGUGCCGCUGUGCCCCCGGGUACAGUGCCAGCCCUGGGUCCACCGAGUGUAUGCCAGUUUGCAGCCAAGGUUGCGUUCGAGGCAACUGCAUCGAGCCGAAUGUGUGCGAGUGUGACUUCGGGUACGUCGGGGCCAACUGUAGCAUCCAGUGUCAGUGUAAUGGCCAUUCGAAUUGUGCCGGUCCAGGGCAGCUAGAUAAGUGUCUGCAGUGUUACAACCACACCGUCGGUGAUCAGUGCGACAAAUGUUUACCAUUCUACGUCGGUGAUCCUCGGAACGGUGGUGAGUGUGUGCCGUGCUCGGAGUAUUGCCACGGUCAAACGGAUGUCUGUGUGGAACGUGAUUCGGAAGCGGCAAUGCGAAACUUGCCACGGGCUGCCAUUGAAGAGCUGAUCCACGAGGGACCACUGAGCGAUGCGAUUUGUCUCCGGUGUGGCAACUACACGGAUGGUGAUCGGUGUGAAACGUGUGUACCGGGGUACUUCCUGCGAGCGGCCAACACCGCUAAACCUUGUUGGCCCUGUGAGUGUAAUGGCCACGGCGAUAUGUGUGAUCCGAUCACGGGUGAGAAGUGUAACUGCGGGAACAACACCGAAAGUGAUAACACGUGUUCGACCAAGGCCAAGAACCAUGCGUACAACUGUUGGUCACUGCAGUGCAUGAAGUGCAAGGAAUCGUACACGGGCCAUCCGCACAACGGACAUCAAUGCUACAAGCAGAUCACGGUCGAGGCUAAGAUGUGCUUCGAUGCUAGAACCUUCGAUGAGUGCAAGAGGAAACCACAACCAUUGAAACCAGGUCAGACCGUUUUCUUCGUAAUUCAGCCACGGUACAUGAACGUGGACAUACGGUUCAUCGUGGAUAUGAUACAGGGCGAGCUGGACUUUUACAUGAGCCCGACCGAUGAUUCGUUUAUUGUGCAGACGAACGCUUCCACCGGGCAUCACGAUAUCUUGCUCGAUAGCAAGUACGUGUGGUUUCACGAUUUGCUCGAUCCGGCCCACGGUUCCACCGAUGAGCUGCAUCCUUUGAACAUUCAACCAUCGACCGCACCACCGGGAAGCGAGAAGAGCAAUCCGAUCUGCGGUGGGAUUCAGAACGAAGGUUUUUACGUGACGGACCGAACGGCGAAGGAUCUCAUUACGUACGUCACGCUGCGUCACUGCAAGUCACUGUUGCGUGUGUUCGGACUAAAGAGCCGGUUGGUCGUUACGUUGCCCCAUACAGUUCAUGCGCUUGGGCAAACCAAGUUCUUUGUCGCAUUGAGGGGUCGCCCCGGAGCGACGGCUAGCUAUGGGUUGGUGCUGUUCCGUCAGGAUCAGCUGCACAUUCAUCUGUUUGUGUUCUUUUCCGUAUUUUUCUCCUGCUUUUUCCUUUUCCUGGCUAUCUGUGUGCUGGCAUGGAAGGCGAAACAGGCGGCCGAUAUGCGUCGUGCACGGCGACGGCACGUGGUCGAGAUGCUACACAUGGCUAAACGUCCGUUUGGUCGUGUUAAUCUCUCGCUUGAUGUGCAGGGUUUUGAUGGUGGUGCGGCUAGCAUAUCGCCACCUGCCGCCGUUCAUCGACGUCGUAGUGGUGGUUCGCGAGGAUCAAAGUAUGGUGGUGCGGCGGCUGCAAUCGCUUCCAUGCAACAGCAGCAGCAGCAGUUGCUACUGCAGCAACAGCAACACCACUAUCUUCUGCAGCAACCAGAUGUGGCACCGAUUGCCCUGGAACCGACCUCAGAUAAUUAUGCCGCCGUAGGAACGGUGUUUGUGCGAUUGCCUGGGAAGCAAAAGUCACAAGUUACGCUCGCCCUGGCCUCCGCGUUAAUCGUGAUGGGCCGUUCAAGUAGCUAUCCGUCGUACUCGCGGGCACAACAACGGCGUCGAAGUUCUCCCGGCAGUGGGGCACAGGGUGGCGCUGUUGCUGCCGGUGGUUGUCAUCAACCAUUGAACCUUCAGCAGCAACUACAACCACUACAGCCUGCAUCACAUACCUCUCCCAGACAACAUGCACCACCCAAUCAUCUUUAUCUCCAGCGAAUUCAUCAUCUUCAUCAGCAGCAACAACCAAUCCAUUUGCAGCCUUUACAUCUGAAUCUCCGCGGUGAUGCGGCAGAUCCUGGUCCACUGGCGGAGAGGCAACCAUUUAUUGAGGUGCAUCAGGAGCAUUUACCGCUACAACCACUAGCCCCACACCGGGGCCCAUAGUCCGGUAGCGCACUAGCCAGGGAAACAUUACAGGAAAACUUACACGAGAAUCGAAGGAUCACACAAGCAGAGAACGAGAGUGUCCAUUUUUGGUUAUUAUUCUACCACCAUCAUUAUCGUCUAUAGUGGCAACCACUUUGCGACCGUUUCGACGACCAAUCACAGUAUAUGAUCUAGAAGAUUGUAGAUUUUGUACAUAGCACCACGAUCGACACUUAACUCGAUCAUAAAUGCAUAAAGUAGCAAAAUAUUAGUUGAUAAUCCAGCUAAAAAGACAGAUUUAGGCUCAAAAUCGUUGAAAGCUUCGACCGGGCGAACUAGAACCGCGUUCUAGGGCCGGGGUCUAGGAUAUAAUUAGUAAAUUUCGGCUGAGCGAUAGCGGCCGAUAGGGAAGAAGCGCACGGGAGAUCGGAUGCAAUGAUCUCCACCAGGAAGUGACUUUGUGUAAAGCACCGCUCAACCUAAAAGACAAAUCCAAGCGCCAAGUACUUUAUCAUCACGUAGAUCAGCAUUUACGUGCGCCCAUGUGUGUCUGUGUAUGUCUGUGUGAAAAUGCACACGUGUGUUUCUAUGUGUGUGUGAAUGAUGCUUGGGAGUGAAUGGAAUUGGGCAUUAGCUGCGCCAUGGCAGGUGUGCAAUAAGGCUGAUGAUGGUACUAUGUCGGUAUUUAGCUAUGAUUUAUCGCUUCUUUACGUUUUGCUCUGAGAUCUGAAUUCCUUAUGGAAAACCCUAGUUUUAGGCAAGCCGCGCGCAAAACCCUUUGCGUAUGCGUGUGUGUUAGUGUGUCUGUGUGUCUGUGUGUGUGUGUUCGUACGUACGCAUCCUACAACAGUGUAACCAAAUCGUGAUACCCAUUAUUUACCAUAGCACCGAGCGAGCACUAGAACAGUAGGCUAAAAGGAGAUCGCAGCGAUUCGUCGGUUUUCGGAGAAGAGAAGAGUGCGCGUGCGUGCGUUGAGCCAGGCUCAGGCGUACAGCGCUUACCGUUCCUCGUAGACGAUCUAGCUCGGGGCUAGCAACAAACUCGCAAAGUAUUGUUAUUAACUAAUAUUUUUUUUCCUGCACCACCACUGCAGUCUUUAAGUCUAUUCGCGCAUCAUUGAUGCGUUAACGUUACUGAUAUUUCACCUGCGAUUAGUGGCGGAGGGGCAGGGCUUUUGCAAUAAAUUAAUCUUAUCAUAUCCGCCAUUUUUCUACGACACUUAAAACCCUUUGUUUACCCUUCGUACCGCGCAUUUUUACGAGCGCCACUGUGCCCCCUUAAGAGAGAGAGAGAAAGAGAGAAAGUGGUGCAGUGGUUGUGUUUUCGACACAAUAAUCCCUCCAUUGCUUCCCUGCCGAAAUCCAGACCAUAUCGAUCGAGAGGCGGACGGGUGUUUUACGUUCUGCACAGACACGAGCGGAUUUCCGGGAGCAACUACUAACUGGAUAAAUCAAUAUUUUCUGUAGAUAUAAUGAGUGACUCAUCGCGCCAUUAGCCGAGGGAGAAAGGAUGGGAGAACAGGGGGAGAGAAUUUACCAGCGAGAUGAGCACCAACCUGCCAUUUCCAUUUUGUAUAUGGGGAGGAAACUGGUUACUGACUAAACUAGAUAAAGCUGUGUAGUAUCAAUAAAACAGAAUAAACACUAAU